AUGCGUUUAAGUCAAUUUUCGUUGCUGGCUCUAGGAGCAGCAACAGCCAGCGCAUUCCGAGACACUUCACCCUUUUUUCUUGCAUCAACCUCCGAAAUCCUAUCUACUUCAGCCCAACUGAAAUCCGCGACCACUUUGCUUGGUGACCUCUCCACGAAACUCAGCACCUGCCCCUCCGAUUACUAUGUUAUCGCUUCUCAACCAGGGGUGCACAGCACCGACUUCGCUACUGCCGAAUCCGCACCCCGCUUAGGAGCGAAGAUGACUGGCAAGGACAAGGCUAUUCGAUCAGCCAUGAGUAUCAACGAGGUCGCAGGUAUCCUGGAAGCGAAACAUAUCCGUGAUAUCCUCGAAACUAAGUGCGGUGCUCAGACGACGGUCAUUGAUGCUUCAUCUGGAUCAUAUUCAACCGACUUCGGCAAAGAGCCUCGGGCGAUUGUGGUCGAAUUCCCUUCACUUUCUCUGGGAUCCGAGCGAGCACAGCAGCUUUCUGAUCACGAUGGGCUGCUUUCUGAUAUCGUCAACCGUCUUCCAUCUAAGAAAUACACCAUACUCUACACUACAACUCCAAGGGAAUUUGAGGAAGGCGAUGCCCCUGUUUACGAACCCACGGAUGACCUUUACCAAGAUCCCGUACGCGCGGAUCUGAAGCGGGAUUAUUCUAUGCACUCUCGGCGUGACAAUACGCCGAAGAACUCCCUUUUCGAUGAGUACCAAUACUUCACACCAGGAAUCUUCAUGGGGCUUAUCGCCGCUUUCGUUUUCAUUGUUAUUCUGUACAUUGGUCUGAGCGCCUUGAUGAGCUUGCAGGUCUCCUAUGCGGCCUUUGAGAAAGACACUUCUUCUACCGUGCAGAAGAAACAACAGUAG